CAUGCAAGAGCCGUCCUGUCUGGUAAACUCUGGUACAGCAGGCAGCAACGAACUUGUCACCGUGGAACCGUGUGGACUCAAGCCAUGUGGAGCAAUCGGAUGUGGCGUCCCCCCUGACGUGGAGUUCGGGACUAGGAAUCCGGUGAAGAACUUCCACCGGCCCGGCGAAAAGGUGUACAUCAACUGUAACGCAGGCUACAUCAGGGAGAAUGACGACAUGUCCAUAACAUGCACAGAGAACGGCACAUGGAGUAAAACGGACAACCUUGGAUGUUCGGUUGACUACAGGAUACAGUUGUCCAACACACUACUGGCCACAGACCGCUACCUGCCUCAGCUUCCUCCCAGCACAGGCCAUGUCAAUAUCAGCUUCGAAGCAGCCGUGGUCGAAAUAAUCGACGCAGAUGAGAAAAAUGAACAUAUGUUCGGGUCCAUGGCCUUCCGUCUGAGCUGGAAAGACAAUCGCCUGUCCUGGACACCUUCGAAGUAUGGCAAUGUCACUCAACUGGUCCUAACCACAGAGGACGUGUGGAUUCCUAACAUCUACCUUAUAAGAAACUCAGAUGCGAAGUUCAGCAUGUUCCCGGCUGCACCUGUGACGGUCACAAGUGAUGGAGAGGUGGGGUGGGACAUUGUCGAUCUCCUGACGACAACCUGUGACCUUGAACCGGCACUGUUUCCCUUUGACACCAUGACUUGCCCAGUAUGCCUCGGAACCACAACAAGUGUAGAACGGUUCAACUGCCCUGUAGAGCAGGGCAACGAGAAGCCACUAGAGUCGGAGUCGUACAUAGAACACUUCAUGAAAUGUGGCGAUCAACAGAAGGAAGUUGUGGACCAAUGGAACGCCGAAUGGACGGUAUUUGUUUUCUUGUUUGUCUUUUGUUUGUUUAUUUUAUGCAGAUUUAUCUUAGUAAUAUCUAAACAAGUCAGCUAUUCACUGAACAAAUAGCUGACACCAUAACUUCUUAAGUACCCAAAAUACAUUUUGAAUGUGUUGCAUUUUUCAUGAUAGAAUAGAAACUAUUGGUUUGACGAACAGAAGAUAUUUUGUCCAUGGUCCAUAUUACACUUGUCGUACUAGCUAGGGAUAUAUUGCAAAGCCUAAUCGGCAAAAUCAUAACACUUAAGUGCAGUCUUACUUUGGGAUACCACAAUACCACAAUAGGUGUACUCUUUGACAUGUAGACCGAACUGGUUGCCAAUCAAAAAAAGUUUAACCAAUAAGAGAGCGGAUUCAUAAUUAUCCAUUACCUUUUAUACGUUUUUGUAUUGCAUUCCUGAGUGUGACGGACGUGGGCGGGGCUUGAGAAUGGUCUAUAUACUGUCAUAUGGAGCUAUGUGUUUUUCUCCACCAGGUAUCUGUCACAGGUGGCUCUUUUGGGUCCGGCUGUAUCGAAGUAACAUUUAAGCGGAUCCCGACUUUCCAUUUCUGCGCCACUCUUUCUCCUCCCAUCAUCCUCUCCAUCAUCAUGUGCAUCACAUUCCUACUUCCAACGGACAAGGGAGAUCGUAUUUCAUUUGGCAUCACGAUUCUGCUGUCCAUGGUUGUGUCUCUGGUCUUCAUCACUGAUGUCUUACCAGCCAAAGGGUCCAUGCCUGUUGUAGCGAUCCUGCUUGUCCUGUACAUGUGCAUGAUGGGGACAUUCAUGCUCAUCACUGUUAUCGUCAUCAAGAUCAGCACUUGGGAAGGAAAUCUUCCCAUUCUUAUCAAGAAGGUCUUCCUCCGGUACGUCGCGAAGAUUGUCUUACUCGGGGAUUUGACGAAGCAACAACGCCCAGCUCAAAAGUGUGUCCUUGAAGUAAACUUGGAUGCUGAGAAGACGAUCAACGAUGAAGAGAAGAAAAUAGGUAAACCAACUCCGGCUGAACCCAACAACCAAAUGGAACUGAUGCUCUCCCUGAAAAGCACCAUCAGCGCCCUCGCUGAUGCCGUGAACACCCUCGCGAUCUCAGGAACAUCCAAGACUCGUAAGAAAGACGAAACGAAGACGGACUAUCAGAACUUGGCCAGGGUCUUAGACAGGAUGUGUAUUGUUCUCUAUAUAUUUUCCCUCGUCGUCUCUAUUCCUAUCAUCAGGUUUGCUGCAGGUAACACAGAAGAAUGAUACAUUGAAUGAUACAUUACAGCCGUGUAAUCAAACUGUGGAAUGUGUGCAAGACAUCUAAAGAUAUGUAAUUUUGUAUAUGAAACAAAAUCCGGCAAAUACUCAUAGUAUUAUCAGUUAAACUGAAGGUAUCCAAGAUAUCGUAUAUUACAAUGGUAAAAAUUGGAUAUUUUGCUUUAAAAUGUUGAGUUUAUUAGCUUUUAUUGAAUGUAAAGCUAAGAUAAAACUGUAAAACCUUGAUGAAAAUUGAUACAAUGUCGGGUUGAUAAUGGUUUUAGUUGAUAUGUCUGCAACAAUUGCAACUUGCAUGUUAUUUUACAAGAAUCCAUAGCAAAUAUGGAGUGUAUUGGUGUUGUGUUGUGUAUGUAAGCGAUGUUUACCUGAAUAUUAUGUGUUUUAAUUAUACUCGUAGAAGUGUGUGGUAAUACUGGGUUACUGCAACCAUGCUUUUACAGUGUUCUGUAUGAUCUAAACCGAUUUUUUUCUUGAAUAUCAGUAGUAUUAAUUCUUUCCCAUUGGUCAAAUAUGGUCAUUUGAUGUGUAUUUUUUCCUGUUGUAAUUGAGACUUCUGUUGGCAUUUUCCAUUAACGAUAGAACAUGUAUCUAACCAUGUGUUUUAGUACAACUUCAUGCUUUUUUUAAGAAAAAUGUUUCAUUUAUGGUAGGCAUGAAUAAGUAUGAUUUUAUCAAAGCUACUGGGGGUAGUAAUAUAUAUUGGGUUCCAUGAUUGAAGACAAUUAAUAUUCACACUUAUGAUUUGUUUAUUGUAAGCGAAAAAAACAUAACGUUUGACUCUAGUUCUUGUGUAAUAGAUAUAUGUUACAAUACAUAUUCGUCAGGUCACUCAGUAGACGUCUUUAGAUCUAGGCUAGGGUCCCUGACCUGACCACUUAUUUUAGGUGACACCAAUACAAUGCUGUGCUCUCGGCUUCUGUGUCUUUAAUUCAAUUCUUUAAUCAGCGUUGAAUAAAGCACCCCUUCCACUAGACAGUAA